UGAUCAACCCAGCUGGGAGUGAAGCCCUUCACCUCGCCACCAUCAACAUCAUCAGCAGCAGCAGCAGAAGGGGUCUGCUCGUGUUCAAACCUGUUGAAUUACCGAGAACUGUGUCUGCGCGGAUGCUAAGCUGCACUCAAGGCGGAGGUCACCCAGCGACGCUCACCUGAAAACUAUGUGUGUAGAUUGCGUCUCUCGGAUGAUGCGUACCUGAGUCAGCGACGUGACGUCGGCGGGGGAGCCGCGGGUUAGCUGUAGUGGCUGAGGUAAAAGACCUUUUCGUGGAGCUGAAAGUCGAGUGUAACGUGGUGGAGUUGGACCUCAUAGAGGAUGGAACCAACUACCAGGAGAUGCUGCUCGAGAUGACUGGACAGAAAACUGUUCCUAAUGUCUUCAUCAACAAGACACACCUAGGCGGCUGUGACAAAACAAUGCAGGCUCAUAAAGAUGGCAGCCUGCAGCAGCUACUGAGUGGUGAGAAUGGAUCUUAUGACUAUGACCUGAUCGUCAUCGGAGGAGGAUCUGGAGGCCUGUCCUGUUCAAAGGAAGCUGCUUUAAUGGGGAAAAAGGUGAUGGUGCUGGACUAUGUUGUUCCCACACCAAAAGGAACCACCUGGGGUCUUGGUGGAACCUGUGUUAACGUUGGCUGCAUUCCCAAGAAGCUGAUGCACCAGACGGCCAUGUUGAGAGUAGCCAUGCAGGACGCACGCAAGUUCGGCUGGGAGUUUGACGAGACAGUGAAACACAACUGGGAGACGAUGAGGACGGCAGUGAAUAACUACAUCGGCUCACUGAACUGGGGAUACAGGGUGGCGCUGAGAGACAAGAAUGUCAACUAUGUCAAUGCCUACGCAGAGUUCAUUGAACCACACAAAAUCAAGGCAACAAACAAACGAGGGAAGGAGACAUUUUACACCGCGGCCAGGUUUGUCUUAGCCACAGGUGAAAGGCCGCGCUACCUGGGUAUUCCUGGAGACAAGGAGUACUGUAUCACCAGUGACGACCUCUUCUCAUUGCCUCACUGCCCGGGAAAGACCUUGGUUGUUGGGGCGUCCUACGUGGCUUUGGAGUGCGGGGGCUUCCUGGCCGGCUUGGGUCUCGAUGUCACCAUCAUGGUCCGGUCCAUUCUGCUGAGGGGCUUUGACCAGGACAUGGCCAACCGUGCCGGAGAGCACAUGGAGGAGCAUGGUGUUAAGUUCCUCCGCAAAUAUGUCCCUUUAAAGGUAGAGGAGCUGGAAGCUGGCAGUCCUGGCAGGCUGAAAGUGACGGCCAAGUCCACGGAAACCGAUGAGAUCAUCGAGGGAGAGUACAACACUGUGCUGAUAGCAGUGGGCCGAGAUGCGUGCACAGACAAGAUUGGUCUGGACAAGACAGGGGUGAAAGUCAACCCCAAGAGUGGGAAAAUUCCAGUGAAUGAUGAAGAGCAGACCAGUGUGCCCCACAUCUACGCCAUUGGAGACAUUCUGGAAGGCAAGUGGGAGCUGACACCCGUCGCCAUCCAGGCUGGCAAGCUGUUAGCACGACGCCUCUACGGGGGAUCGACACUCAAGUGUGACUACAUCAACGUUCCCACAACUGUUUUCACCCCACUGGAGUACGGCUCCUGCGGUCUAUCAGAGGAGAGAGCCACUGAGCUCUACGGGCAGGACAACAUCGAGGUGUACCACAGUCUGUUCUGGCCUCUGGAGUUCACUGUGCCCAGCAGGGACAACAACAGAUGCUACGCCAAGAUCAUCUGCAAUAAACUGGAUAAUGAUCGAGUCAUUGGGUUCCACUACCUGGGCCCCAAUGCAGGUGAGGUGACACAGGGCUACGGUGCAGCCAUGAAAUGUAGAGUCACCAAGGAGCAGCUGGACAGCACCAUCGGCAUUCACCCGACCUGUGCUGAGGUCUUUACCACCUUGGAGGUGACCAAGAGCUCUGGUGGAGACAUCAGCCAGGCCGGCUGCUGAGGUUAAACCCUGCUUGUUUAGCGGGCUGCUCUCAUAUUAGACCCUCCUCCCGUUACCACUCGACCUUUAAGCUCAGCCUCACCUCCAGUCGCUCACUUUACAGGGAAGUUGUUUCUCAGGACGAACCGAACACCAUAGCCAGCGUCUGAAUCAGUGAAAGCACUCAUUUGGGCUCACUGGGAGCUGAGAGGUGACUGGAAGAAGCCAGAGCUGAGGAUGUGAGUCUGCGGCUCUGGCUGGGGUAGUUUGAUAUAAGGGCAGCCUGCUGAACAGCGGGGUUACUCUGCUGAUUUUUCUACCGGGCUCCACCAGCGCGUUCUUCUCAGAGGAGCACCUAACACACACACUACCUUUUGACAAUGUGUGUUUGGGCUGUUUGUGACGUCCUGGCCCGUAACCCAAAAUAAUGAGGUGGGCGAGGAUCGAUGUCCUUCUGCAGAAGCACCUGAUGGUGGCCCGAACCCUUCGUCCAACCCCCCCCCCCCACACACACACACACACACACACACACACACACACACAACUUAAAACACAUGUCAUUCACUCCCCAGCAUACACAUGGUAUACUGAUUGAAAUUGAAUUUAUUAGGAUAGAUAUACAUUAGCGCACACAGGAUUUGAAUGGAUGCACACCUCUGAGCUCUGCUCCAGCUUGUGGUGGAAGUUUAUUAUUUAAUCUGGUGCAUGUAUGUGUAGAUUAAACAUCAUCAUGUCUCUUCUGUUGAGCCCUCAUCAUUCCACACAUUCCUUUUACCAGUCUUUAAGAUAAAAUCGAGGUCUAUACAUGUUGCUGUCAAUAUUUAUGUCUUUGCUGUCUGGAGGCACCAGGGUUUUCUGCCUUAAAGAGGAACUCCAUUUUUCUCUACCAAAGUGUUUAUCUAAACAAGUCUGCAGAGAGAGAGCAAGAGCCAGCAGAUCUACACCUUUCAAACCUCUGGUGUGCCGCGUCACAAACACUUUCAGAUAGAAUUGAAUGGAAGAUAAACCAGAAUUGUACUGAAUGUUGUGUUUCAACAAAAACAUUUUCUCAAGUUAAGUUUUUACUCUAUUAAUUUAAUGUUUGUUGGAUCUUGCUGUUUGCCUCUGCAUUAUGUGUAUGUAAAAGAUAUAGUCACUCUUCUAGAGGACAGUCCGACUGUCAGUGAGUAACGUCGGUUGUCUUUAUAAACGACUUGUUCGUUGGUGUCAAACCACUGUAGAUUACUUCUCUCUGAAGAUUUAAUAAAGUAAGAAUUCACCUCCAA